AUGCCCUACGUCGACCUCUACAGCAGAAACGACUAUGCCUCGAUAUAUUACACGACAUCCGCUCCGUUCAAUAAUGUUGGAGGCUUCGAUCCAGACAAACCAACGAUUCUAAUUCUACAUCCAAUGCUCCUCGACUCGACAUGGCUACAAAACCAAUUCGGAGACCCACGACUGUACAACAACUAUAAUCUUAUUGCUAUUGAUAUGCGUUCGUCUGGCGAGUCGACGUGUACGCCAAGUGGGAAGCGGGAUAGCUGGGUGGACGCCGCAGACAUUGCUCUCUGUCACCAGACGCUGAACCUGCCGCCAUGUCACGUAUUUGCACUCGAGGCCAUUUCAGUUAACUGUGCCCUCCGGUUCGCCAUCCUAUUUCCGGAAAUGUGUCGAAGCCUCGCGCUGUGCAAUAUCCCAUCGCCUAUAGAGCAACGGUGGUCCUACAGUGCACUCGAGGAGUUGGUGCGAAGUUGGUCGUUUGCUGAAGAUUUGGAGGGUUUGGAACACGCUGGCACAGAAGCACUCGCAUUCCUACUUGGGCCGAACAGCGAUCCAGAUCUCCAGGACGAGAUAUUCGCCCACUGGCAAAAGACGGCGCCGCCAAUGCGACGCCCAUGGCUGAUCGAAACAGCCAACCUUCUCCUCAACCGCACAUCAUUAACGCCGGAAAUGCACGCCCAAAUCACACAACCAGUUCUUAUCAUCCAUGGAGAGAGAAAUGAAUUCUGUUCGCGAAAAGAUGCAGAAGUCCUGGCGGCACAAUUAACCAACGCGGAGGGAGGUGCCGUAAUCUAUACCGUCAAAGGCAAGUCAUUUUAUUUCCUGUUCUCAGUGACGCUUGCUGAUUUCACAUUCUCCCCCUCGUCCGUAUUGAUCGCCACGCUCCCACCGCCCAACCAAGCGCUCGUCAAGUUCCUAUCCCGGUUACCCCCUUCAAGAUCGGAUAUUCUCCCUCUCCAACAGCCAAUAUGGCAGCGCAUGCAACUGGCCCUCCAGCUCCAAGCUGAGCUCGUCCAAACCAAACAGUUAUCGUCAAGCAUGGAUCCAGUCUCUUCUCUAUCGUUCUCGUGCCUCUCUGAAGAUGUCGUGGAGAAGCAAACAGCUAUCAUAGAAGAAUUUCGAAGAGGGAGAUUCUUGGCGUUGAACCCGAUGGCACCCCACGGGAAACCGUAUAGAAAGCUUUCAGAAGCUAGAUCCGACACACAUUGGUUCCAAGGGGGGAAAGAUGGGCUGUCUGUCGCAGCAACCAGUUUCAGUAUGCAGGAGCGGCUGCGAAUCGAAGAGUCCGAGAAGACCGCGCAAUACCGUCGUCCAGAACGUGAAGAUCGACUUGUCAAGGCGGCGUCUUUAAAUGCUGCCACCGUUGAAAAGUAUAUAAUCAAAGGCUCAAUGGCCAAGGUCGUUCAAAGCCCGUCUGCACCUCUCGGAAGGAUGCUGCUUUAG